GUAUUUAAUUUUCACUCCAUCUUUUCCAUCAGAUUCACCCACAACAUGGAGCCCAGAAAUGAAUCACAUAUUUCAGAAUUCUUUCUUUUGGGACUGACCAAUGAUCCAAAACUGCAGUCCCUCCUCUUCUACCUGUUCCUGUCCAUAUACCUGGCCACCAUUCUGGGAAACCUGCUCAUCAUCCUGGCUGCUGUCUCUGACUCCCACCUGCACACACCCAUGUACUUCUUUCUCUCCAAUCUGUCUUUUAAUGACAUCUGUUUAAGCACAACCACGAUCCCAAAGAUGCUGGUGAACAUCCAAACACACAAUCAGAGCAUAAGCUACAUAGGAUGUAUCACCCAGAUCUGCUUCGUCAUGGUGUUUGUUGGUUUGGAAAAUUUUAUCCUUGCAGCAAUGGCCUAUGACCGCUAUGUGGCCAUUUGUCACCCACUGAGGUACACCAUUGUCAUGAACACCCAUUUCUGUGGCCUGCUGAUUGCACUCUCUGUGUUCAUUAGCAUUGGGAAUGCCCUGCUCCACAGUCUGAUGGUGUUGCGGCUCUCCUUCUGCAAGGACCUGGAAAUCCCUCACUUUUUUUGUGAGCUUGCUAAACUCGUCAAGAUUACAUGUUCUGAUACCCUCAUCAAUAACAUCUUCAUAUAUUUUAUGGCUAGCCUCCUUGGUGGUAUACCUCUCUUGGGGAUCAUUUUCUCUUAUACUCAAAUUGUCUCCUCUGUUUUGAGAAUACCAUCAGCUGGUGGAAAGUAUAAAGGUUUUUUGACCUGUGGGUCUCACCUCUCAGUUGUUUUGUUGUUCUAUGGGACAGUUGUUGGAGUGUACAUUACCUCUGAAGUUACUGACUCUCCUAGAAAGACUUCAGUGGCUUCAAUGAUGUACAUUGUGAUUCCUCAAAUGAUGAACCCUUUUAUCUACAGCCUGAGGAACAAAGACAUGAAGGGGGCCUUGAAGAAACUCAUUGAUAGAAUACCUUCAUGUUUGUGA